UCCAGUGGUACAGUGUGGUCCGGACAGCGAAAACCUCAACCCAAGCAAGAUGAAAUUUUUCGUCCUCUCUUUUGCGCUUUGCACGCUCUUGGCCGGUAGCUCUGCACAAGUUACCAAGUCGGCUAACAUUGUCAAGAUCCACGAAGCGGUGGGCGCUAUCCUGGGACAAAUGUCCAUCAUUCCCGGUUCCGUCAGACAGGUCAUCGCCGGCACGGACUCGCAGAAUAACAUCAACAAGGCCCUUGCUGCGAUUGCGGCUAUGCAACCACAGUAUAACUACUUCAGCUCGACUUACACUUCGGCGGUAAAACCCGAAUCGCUCCCCACCCUGAACAGCGCCAUCGCGUCAUUCAGAAGUGCCAUAACCGACCUAGAAACGAAUUUGAAGCAGGUACCAGUCGACCCAACAAAGCUGACCUCCAGUCUAUCGACCGUUGAAACGUCGUUUAUGAAACUCGGCAGUAUCGUUUACACGCUGUAAAGAGUGUAUAUUAUCGUACGACAGCAAAAUAAUAAAGGGUCACCAUUUGUAGCCAA